ACGUUCGCUCUUUACGGGGGGAAGUUGGGGAAAGUUUUAUGUAACGGGAGCCAGCACUCGCAGCCCGCUGCUCGCCUCGGCCGCGCGUCCGGCGCUCGCGGUCGGCGGCCCGGCCUCCCGGGCUCGGCGAGCAGGCCCGCGGCGGGGCGGCGGCGUCGCGAUGGGGCCGGCGGGCGCGGACGAGCGGCCGGGGCCCGAGCAGCCCCGCGCGCGUCCCCGGAGCCCCGCGCGCGCCGCCCUGGAGCGCGAGCACGUGCGCGCGCACCUGCGGGCGCGCCUGAUGCUGCUGGAGGUGAGCAUCCUGCUGGAGCGGCUGGAGGGCGAGGUGGCCGCGGUGGAGGGCGCCGUGGGGCAGGGCCGCUGCGGGAGCGGCGAGGCGGAGGCGCGGGUGCUGCAGCUGUGCGAGAGGGCGGAGAGGAAGGCCGCCGAGGUGGCGCGCGUGGGGCGGAGGAUCGUGGAGCUCCACGGGCAGAUGGACGGCUGCGGCUUCUCCUGACGGUCGCGGGGGAAGCAGUUUGGAGCGUUUCGCUCGACCCUUUCUGCGAGAAGCGGCAUUCUGCCUGCCCAAUUUCAGUGUUUAUCCCAGGCUGACGGACCCUUAACAGCUGUUACGGAUAAAGCUAGACACCAGUGGAAGCGCAGGUUCACCGUCAGACUCUGGUUGACUGGUCGGCUUAGAGCCCGGAAAAGCUGCAUCCUGAGGACAUGAUGUUUUCACUUCUUUGUUUUCCUGUGCAUGUCGUUUCUACGUGUACUGUUAAAUCCGCAUGUUAGUCUGUGUGGUGGCUGCUGUGUGGAUAUAGAUGGCCAAACGUAUUUAGUUCUGGGAAGAACUUUUACUGGGGAAAGGUCCUCCAGGCAGUUUGAGUCUGGAUUGUCAAUUGAUGAAGGGAUCCUGUUUUUUUAUUCUCUCAGGAUUUCACAGUGUUUUAAAUUUUGCCGUUUCUGUGCGUUUUACUGUCUCAUACGUGACUAAUCACUGCCGGAAAGUCUGGGCCACGUAAGACACGGUGUCAGUUGUCAAAGAGUACAGCUGCUGAAGGAGCUCCGCUUGCUUCGCUGCAAGACGCCACCAGAAAAGGGACGGGAAGUGUGCAGUUCAGAGCUUGUCAUUUCUCCGUGACCCAAACAAAGCUUCGCUCUGAAAUGAAGUCCCGGCAUUUGGCGUGCGAAACGUGAACUCUUGGGACAGUCUGGGCGACCCCGUGAAGUCUGAUGUGUGGUCGUGUUCUUAUAUUUUGUUUGUGGUCUGGUUGAAGGGGCUUCAGGACAGCUCUCUGUAGUGCAUUUCCGGCUCUCCGAGGCCUGGGAAGAGAGGAAUGUGCCUUAUGGUCUAGGAAAGAGCUGUGGCCUCCCACUGAACAGGGCCAGCACCACUUCAUGGCUUUUUCAUUGUCUGGUUAUGUUUGAAUAGCACCCCCGCCUAGGGAUUUGAGGUUAAAACGAUGUACGUAGUAAGCAUUUGUAAGUUUGCCCAAGUAAACCAAAGCCCUGUAACUUUGCCAAGAAACGGAUAAUAAAAAGUGUUUCUCAGGGUU